CAAGUAUCAACACAUACCUGCACCCAUCGCACUAGCUAGCUUAGCAUCACCACCUGCUCUUAGAAUGGCGGCCUACUACAACGGCGGCAGGCCCAUGCCAUACUCCAACACCGACGAGGGCUUCGACGGCGGCAGGACGAUUUACUCCACCCCCACCGAGUGCUACGACGCCAGCAAGCACGGCCUUGGCACCGGCCACGGCCAUGGGUAUGGCGGGACCAACAUGUACUCCAACACCACUGACGUCCAGUGCUUCGACUCCAGCAUGCACGGGCAAGGCCGCGGUGGCGGUGGCAGGACCAUGUAUUCCAACACCGCCCACGGGCUCUUCGACUCAGGCAGGCCCGGGCAUGGGCACAUCCACAGCUACGGGCACAACGACGGUAGGAUCAUGUCGUACACCACUACCACCACAAAGGAGUCCUUCGGCGGAGGCGAGCAGGGGCAGGGGUACUACAAGAAGGAGGUGAAGCAGCACAAGAACAGGGAGCUCCUCGGUGAGGUUGGCGCCUUUGCCCCGGUAAUUACUCAGGAAGUCAACAUCGCAUAAAGAUAGAGUACAAUCUUAUCCAUGGAAUUAAGGUUGAAGUUAUAAUAGCCGGCUAGCCUCGCUAUAGCAGCUUGAGCAGGGUGCCGGUAUAUGGUGUUUAUGUACAAUUGUCCGGUAAUGUUAUGAAAUACCGACUAUAGCUCUCUAUAGUUGAUUUGAAUGACCACUGCUAUUAUUUUUUGAGAGCCCCAUAGUAAUCUUUCCUACUUAUGAAG